AUGCUCGCCACAAAGAAACAAGCUACAACAACAACAGAAGACAACACUUAUCAAAUUACGUGGGAGGAUCAAAAGAAGAUUAAUAAUUUUAGUAGAAUUAAUGUUCGUUUCAAUGAAUUGGAAAGAGAAAUUACAGAUUUGAAGGAAGAGUUGAAUAAAUUAAAUGAUGCCUCUGAUGAAAUUUUCAUCUCGGAUAAUAUUAGUUAUGUUGUUGGUGAAUUGUUUGUAGAAGUUAAUGCUGAUCAAGCAGAAAAACUUUUGGAUGAAAGAAAGGAAAAAGUUAAAAAGGACUUGAAGGAUAGACAAAAGGAAUUUAAAGAUAUUGAAAAUAAGAUGAAGGAAUUAAAGGCUAAUCUUUAUGCUAGAUUUGGUUCACAUAUUAACUUGGAAGAAUCUAAAUAA